AGCUCAAGCAACCUUCCUUUAUUUCCCCAUCUAGCUCACUUCCAUUAGUCAUCUCGUUCUGCUUGCUUGCUCCAUAAAACAAAAUUCAAUGCAAAGGACCCGCGAACAAGCUAUAUGAAUUCUCAGUACAAACUCCAGCGCGUGCCUUCUGCAAAAUUGUCUUCUCCAUAUUUCCAUAUUCCUGAAUCUACAGCGCCCAUGGGACUCUGCGCAUCCAUGUUGCCAUGGAAGGCCAAGAGGGGACAGCCCGAGCCCCGGCGCAGCACGCCCAAGGCGCUCUUCAUCGUCAGGAACAACGGCCGGCAGUCCAAGCCAGAGGGACUAGUGUUCCACACACAUAGCUAUGGCGGCUCGAGGUUACAGAAACCUGGCAGAGCGGACAGCAGGAAUUAUGACAAGUGCGGAUACGACUGCACGGACGCGCUGAGCAGGAGGCUCCGUGCGCCUAAGCACCCCAUGCUCCCUUGCGGAAGCACCAGAAUUGUCGCGGUGGAGCCGAUGGCAGCAGACAAGACAAGACCGCCGCCGAUGUCCAGUGGCGCGACAGCCGACGGGAGGGCAGCUGCUGCAGCAGAGUGGUGCAGGACUCCGAUGACACCAAGGAGGACGCCGGUGUGGCAGCGGAGGAUCCUCAUGGGGACCAGGUGCGAGCUGCCACGAUUCAGCGGGCUCAUACUGUAUGACGAGCAUGGACGGCCCCUGCAGAGCGGCUCCCAGAACAGAGCAGACCACCUGAUGAGCAGAGCAAGGAAACAUGAGUCCAAGGGCAAAAGGAAGAAUGCCAGGACAACCACAACUCUCAGGGACCUCCUGUAGUCAGUCGUUCACUUGUUAUUGCCUAACUGGUAGCGGCUUGCACAUUUGCAAGCGCUUACAUUUGAUUAUUGUAUUGAUAUUUCUCUUGUAAAGUUGCGAGCCAUUUAAAGACAUGGAGAUUCAUAUACUGGCACAGUAACAAUAUCCAUAUCAGGUUCAUCCUUGAACCAUA